UGUUCAAGAUUGUGAAAGUCAGUGAUUAAGGCAGUUUUCUUAGUAAUUUUAUGUUUUUUUUCCAAGAAGAGGGCUGGUCCUGACUCAGAAUAAAAUCCCAUCCCCUUCCUCUUUCACUCUUAUCACUCCUUUUUCUUUGAAGACUCACAUAGCAUCUCUGGGCCUGAAGAUUUGGAACAACAAACAUGAAGUUCACUGUGUUUCUGAGUGGACUCCUGCUGCUCUUUCUGCUUUCCGACUGGACAGAAAGUGUUGAAGAUGACACUGUGGACAUCAAUACUCUCGCCCGUAUUAUUAACUUCUUUGAGCAGAACUAUAAGAGAGUCGAUAAAGAUGGACAUCCCCGUCAGUACGCUAUAGCCAUCAAUGUGCCGAAGCAUCAGUGUCAACAGAACUUCUUUCCUGCACAAAACAACUUCCUGCCUCAGGAGAAAGUGGAGAAUGUGAAAAAUGCAAUUAAUGAUGAAACAAACGCACUUUACCAAGGUUCAGAGCUCAUCGCUGCAGGAACUAGGAAAGUUGUAAUUAAUAAAAAGAAGCAAUACAACAUGCAUUCAGAGUCUCUCCUGCUGAAUCCUGUAGGCAACUCUCCCAUGACCAAACUUUUGGAUGAAAGUAAAGACAGCUGCUCGGUUUUCUACACAUUUGAUUCUCCCUGUGUUGACACGUGUCUGGAUGCAACAGGUAGUCACAGCAUUAUAGAGGCUCUGAAGAACUGGAAAGAACAUGAUGGAAUUAAAGCUUUUGUCUUCAAGAAUUUCUGGAAGUUUGAUGAAAAAGACACUAAAAAAGAUCUUCAGGCUGAGUUUAAGCAGAUUGUAGCUCAUGUUCCUCUCUUCCGCUGUGUGAGUGAGAAUGAGUGUUAUGCUUGUAAAGGAGAAGGAAACACUCCCAUAGACGAGCACUGUCUGCCACCAAAAGAGAUCUAACAGUUAUGUUAGUAACAUUCACUUCUUUCAUAUGUGAUUCAGUAUGAAAAUCUUGUUUUGAAAAUCAGUAUGUUUAGAUGAACUAGUAAAAUUUGUUUAAAAAUAAUCUUGCUUACUACUUGAACAAAUAAAAUACUUCUGCUUGGCA